GUGAAAACAGUCUGCUGCUGAAUUUGUGAUCGAGUGCUUACGCGAUUGGUUUUACGUCCACCGAAAGGCCGUCGAGAGUUUGGAGUUCGCCAUUGAUUAUUUGGAAAGGUGCGGAUUUUCCUUCUUUUUAAUAUUGUGCACUGCUGUCGUGUUGGGGACAGUGUUAGUUUUACUAUUUUUAAAGUGUAACGAGCUUUGCAAUUUUAUAAGAAGGAAUAUUAUUCGAGUGGAACCUUUUUGGCAUAGAAAAGGCAGUGUAUCACUUUUUGAUCGAAGAAGGCGUUGUCGCGUUUGCACGGGUUGCUUGUGUGAGUGCUUCUGUCUCUCGCGUCUUUUCGUCACCCGUUGGUAAAUAGUGUCAUCGUUUCUGCGCUUGCUGUGAUUCGAUUGUUUCUAGUGUUGCUUAUAACUUGUGUAAAAAGUGCUUUUUUAGAGCGGGGAAUUGCAGAAUAGAAAUACGUCUCAAGGAAAAUAGUUACGGUUUAAAAUUUUAGACGGCGACUAAAGUGAAAAAGUAAAAAAAGAGAAAAGACUCUUCUAUCUCGUGUAAACGCAUUGUGUGUCUGGUCUGGAGUCUGGAGGAAAACAAUCCACAGUCAUAAAAACAAGGCGAUCUCGUGCGUAAAAAAAAGUGUCCAACCCCUUGCAUGUGUGCUGUCCGGCAGUAAAGUAAUGUGGUGUUUUUCAUGCGUUUCUGCUCCAGCUAAUUCAGAACAAAUGGCAGCCAUCCGGAAGAAGCUCGUAAUCGUCGGCGACGGUGCCUGCGGUAAGACGUGUCUGCUGAUCGUCUUCAGCAAGGAUCAGUUCCCGGAGGUUUACGUCCCCACCGUGUUCGAGAACUAUGUGGCCGACAUCGAGGUCGACGGAAAACAGGUUGAACUAGCGCUAUGGGAUACUGCCGGGCAAGAAGACUACGACAGACUUAGGCCCUUGAGCUAUCCAGACACCGAUGUCAUUCUGAUGUGUUUCUCGGUCGAUUCACCAGACUCGCUGGAAAAUAUUCCGGAGAAAUGGACUCCUGAGGUUAAACAUUUUUGUCCAAACGUACCCAUAAUCUUAGUUGGGAACAAGAAAGAUCUCAGAAACGACCCUCACACGAUAAAGGAAUUGGCCAAAAUGAAGCAGGAGCCAGUGAAGCCACAGGAAGGACGUGCAAUGGCUGAGAAAAUAAACGCUUUCGCUUAUUUGGAAUGCUCGGCCAAGUCGAAAGAGGGCGUACGUGAGGUGUUCGAAACAGCCACCAGGGCCGCGUUACAGGUCAAAAAGAAGAAGAAGAGUAAAUGUGUUUUGCUCUAAGAGAGCAAUUGGUAACAUAUUUUUUAUCUUUCGUGGAAUGCGAACACAAAUACACUGCAACAAGAAAAGAAGAAAACAAAACAAAAAGUUUAAUGAUUGAAAUGGUGGUCGACGUCGAUCGGUUAAGAACAGGAGAUGAAAAGGUGGCAGUAUAAGCAGGAUAGGGAUUGUAUUUUGGAAAUUAAUGCUGGAUCUGCUUUGCAGGAUAGGACACGAAAAGCAGUUGCACAGAGGUUAUGUAAAAUAAGGAAUACCAGCUACGAACGAAAACAAAAAAAAGAACAAAACUAUCUCUACCGUAAAAAAACCAUACGCAAAAAAAUGAUUCAUUAUGCAACACAUACACACACUCAGAUAUGAUGAGGGAUGGAAGUCGAGUGAUACGACCCAACCGAACGAAAAGCAGCAGAUUACAGAUAUGCUGACAGUUUUAUUAUUUUUAAUUUAUCAUGUGAAAAAGUGUACGACACAAACGCGCGAAAGCAACUCACGGAAAAUUGUUAGCGUAAUCUUAUUACCAAUCAUCAUUCGUAGCGCAGAAACAGCAGCAAACAUCAAAUUUAGUAUCGCGUAGCAUUCGAGAAUCGGAUCAAAACGGAAAACCAGAAUCAUUAGGGUGGCAAACAACGUGAAGCAUUUUUUCGGCAGGGCGAAGCAAACUACCGUUUUUUUUCUCUCCAUUCUUUUUUACUACUUGUCGCGCGGGCAUCUAUUAGAUGUGUUUUUAUUACUAAUUAAUAAUGGUAAAAACUCCUAUUAUUAUACUUUAGAAUAUAUGAAGCAAAGAUUAUCUGAAUGAAAAAAAAAGAGAAGCAGAAGACGAGUGUUGGAGAUAACAGUCUAAAUAAAAGGCUAGAUUUUUAAACAAAUACACACAAAGACGAAUCGGUGGCGAAAUAAAGUACUAACAACUUAUGAGAAAACACAAA